UUUGAAUUUAAAUCAGCCAAUCGCUAAUAAUUAAGUGAUUUAACCAUUAUAAUUAAUUAAAUAGGGCUAUUUAUUAAGAAAUAAGUAUACUUUAAUGCAAAUAAUAUAGCUCGGGUGACUUUACUUAUUGAGUAGACAAAUAAUUUUCUAGGUAAAGAUAUCCUAUUCGGAUCUUCGGAUACGUUUCCUGUUUGAGGAUAUAAUGAAUGUAAGAGAGGAUAUCUGCACUAAUUGCGACAUUAACUCACGUUUCGAUUGUCUAAAUCGUUCUCCUAAUGACGACAAUUGUCAGUGGUGCGAAGUAAUCAGGCAUUUCCCUCUCGUCCGUGACGUUUAUACAUGGGUGGAGCCGUACCGGAAGUCGACGAAUCAAUCCACAAGGGUGUGGUUUAAAUUUGAAAUCAGCAUCUCGAUUGGUCAGACGUUUUGUACCUUCCUUGGCACUCAUCCAAGAAUUUACCAAAAAUGAAUAUUAGAAGGAACUACAAGUUCAAGCUGGUGUGAUAUUAUAAACUAUGAAAAUCAACUAUAAACACAUGCUUACAAGUUAGAUGAUGAAAGUAGAAAACAACUCAUCGUUUAAUCUGAGUACAUUUACUAAAAUGGAAUACUGAAUGUAUGCACUUAUGUAACUCGUUGUAUAACAAGUAGAAUGAGAUGCGAUCUAGUUACAAGAGACUUCCCACUGUUGGAAUAUCGAGUGCAAAUAGAAUUGAAGUUACUUUUAAACAAAAAUGGAAGUUUAAAGCAAUACGAGGCCGUAGAUAAAAUCGGAGAAUGGUCAGCCAAUCAAAGAACCGGCGCAACAAUAAAAAUGGAAUCUGCGAAGAAGUUUUAGGGGAAUGCUACUGUGAAGAUGCCAUACAAGUUCAACAACUUUGUAACAGCGGGCAGCAAUCGCACGCUCGUUACGUAUUUGGAUCGCUUUUGGUAAUGUUACACUUACUUGGAAUCAGUACGGAUCACCGAUCCGCACCGUCGCGUUGGGAAUGUUUUCUCAUUAAAUUGAUCAAUGCUACCGUUCUAUGCGUCAUGAUCAAUGACGUGUAUGUUAUAUUCAUUCAUAACGUUACCCCUUCAUUACUCCGAAAUGUACUUUGCAGCCUUUACGUGGGAUCUGCAAUCUACAGCCAUCGCAAAAUGAGAUAUUUGGCGGCUGAAAUCCUUGAUUCGCUCGAUAAACAUUCAUACCUGAUCGUACCCGAUAAACAGGGAAUCAAAUACAUCAGACGAUGGAGCUUAGUCCUCACAAUUUCGGGGAUUUUAUUAUUGUUGGCAUAUUUAUCCGCGAGUUUAAUUUUGGUAAAGUUUUAUGGAUUCAGAUCGGUUAUUAAGGGUUAUGCACUCGGAGUGAGCGAGGUGAAUGUUUGGAUAUCCGCGUUGAUUUUCGUACUCAUGGUAGUAGCUGGCGUAGUUGUUCUCAUGCCUCUUUAUUACGUCGUUGCCUUCUACUCUUUGAUCACUUUGUUCUUGUCGUGUUUAUUUUCGAGUCAUUCACGCCUAACAAUUCGAUCUAUAAAGAUCAAACUAUCAUCUCAAAAGGAGCAUACACAGCAAUCGUUUUCUUUCUAUUGCCAUCUCUGUGAGUUGGUUAAAGUCAUCGAUAACAUCUUAAGUUACCCAUCUAUGAUUUGGUUGAUCGUCAAUUUGUCCAUGGUUUUCUCUUUAGCUCACAAUUUCAUUACCACUUAUUCGAAAGUCAAUUUCGUUAUCGAUUGGGGAAUAUAUUUCGUUCCCGCCCUGUUCAGCAUCUUUGCUUUCGUGGUUCAAUGUUUUGCGGGUGAUACCCUAUCCGAAAAUAGUAGAUCUUUGAUACCUUCACUGAGAAAAUAUUCCCUAAAGCAGAAUGCUGCAACAGAUCUUUCUAACUUCGUCGACUUAAUACUUGAUAGAAUGAGACUGCACCCUCCCGUUUUGACUGUUUUCGGUUUCGUUGAGAUUAAUAAUAAUCUUAUACUAAGUUUGUUUAGUAUUGUUAUCGCAUAUAUGGCUAUUAUUUCGCAAAUUCCUGCCGAACAUUUCGAUUAGAUCGGAAUGAAUUUCCUAUUCACUUUAAAAGUUUUCGAUGUUGUAGUUGUAACUGUUUCAUAUGCGCACAAUUAAUAUUCACGAUAAUGUUAGAAAAUCAAGCAAUAGUAUAUAAAGAAAAACAUGGGUUUUAUGGUAGGGUUACUGUAAUCAAAUCAUAAGAAAAGAGGACAUCUAAGAAAAUAUUUGCUAAAAAAA